AAGGCUUAGGUUCAGAGGUUUCGAAGAUUGUGUAGAUGGAAUUUGAAUUUCAGUGCCCGCCAUGUGCCGGAUGUGCGCCCUCAUAUCUGAUGAGGCGGUCCUACUGGCCGACAUUUUGCUGCGGCCGCGAAUGUCCUUAGUUCACCAGAGCUAUGCAGCUCGGGAGCGGCGAGCGCUGCCACAAGGAGUGUCACCAAGCAUGGCGUACCAGCAGCCGUGCUUGAACGCCGAUGGCUUUGGCGUGGGCUGGUAUGCACAGCAAGCCCCACUUCCUUGUGUUUUCACUUCUUUGAAACCAGCAUGGAAUGAUCCGAAUCUUCGGAACUUGUCCGAUGAGGUGCGCUCGCCAUUGAUUUUUGCUCAUAUCCGGGCUGCAGGACCGUCCUCAUCGGUGAACGAAUCUGCAUGCCAUCCAUUCAAAGCUGGGCGCUUUCUGUUUGCGCACAAUGGCCUGGUUGGCAAUUUCGCUCAGAUUCGAAGACAGCUAUUGGCGAAUUUAAAUGAGUAUGCUUUUGGUGUCACAUUGGAGCACGCCUGCAUCGACUCGGUUGUCGCAUUCGGGAUUUUCCUGACAGAGCUGGGGGUGACCAGCGAUGAGGAUGCCAUGGCUGAGCGAACCGCGGACUCGCUUUGUGGCGCUUUGUCCAGGACAGUCCUCCGUUUGACGCAAGCAGCUGCAGAGUUUGGGCCAGAGGAGUCCCUGCUCAAUCUCAUGGUUACAGAUGGCCAGAGAAUCGUUGCAUGUCGCUAUGGCACAGCUCCAGCAGAGGGAGACACGGAGACAACUGAAGCACUUGGUGCCACACUUUACCUUAGUGUUGGAUCCCGCUGGCUAGCAGAUCCCGAUGAUCCCCAGACCUUCCGAAUGAAGAAGGGGGCCGACAUCAAAUGCUGCACAGCCAUCCUGUCAAGUGAGCCGUUGACUCCGAUUCGGGAAGAGUGGAUGCCAAUCGCACCCAACAGCAUUGUGCUUUGUGGUCGAACUCGUGGUGAGAGCCAGACAAUUGACACCUUGAUGUUCGCCUUGCGCUGUGGCCCUGUUGUGGGUCUGAGCGCCUUGACCGGUGUUGAGUCCGCGCAGAAGGGUUCCAAGGAGUUCCUGGCGCAAAACGAGGUCAACUCAGUGAUUGAGCACGAGAUGCCAGCCCGUCAGGAUGUUUGGAUGUCAAUAGACUCCUCAUCUGAAUCGGGAGAUGUCAACUGCCUGGUGACGUUGUCGGAAUCGGUUUUUGUGGCUGGUUCAAUGGAUGGCUCUUUGCGGUUCUUCUACGCAGAUCAAGGUCAAGCUUGCGCAGUGAGACGGCAUAGCCAAGCAAGCGGGCCAGUACUGGCACUGUUGUUCUUGAAGCGUGCUAGUGACAGCUUUCCGAAUUCUUCCCAGGGUGAUGAUUCCCCACCGGAGAGCCCGUAUGGAAGCCCAGCUGUAAGUACUCCUCGGUCGCCCAUCACGAGAAUGCGGUCGGACGGCUCAGAUGGGCCACCAAAGCUUGUUGGUCCAGCAGAGGUUUUGGAUGCGUUAACGGCAAAGCCCAUGGCCAUGGACCUUUUGCUCUCCACAUCCACCAACGAGCUCCGGAUAUGGGAUGUCUCUGCAGUCAUUCAGGAGCUUGAGGCCACGGAGGUCAACGUCCCGUGUUUGUUAUGCUUUCACUUUGCUCCCAACCAGGGACAUUUGCUAAGCAUUGCUGGAACUUUGGAGCACGUAUUUCUUGGCUUUCAGAGCACAAAUUUCUUUUGUUUGCACUUGUGGCAUGGCUGGAACAAGCUCAUGCAAGCAAAGACGCGAACAAGAACUACCAGGCAUUACACUUUCAACAUAGAGCUUGCCAGCAAAAAAUCAUGCCAUGCGCCAAAUGGAGCAGCAAAGUUUAGCCACCAUACUCUCCUGGAGCCUUUGCAGACCUGCCAGCACCGGCAUAUGGGCUUCGUACAUUGCAUCGCUUAUGAGCCAUGCUCUGGAGUGGUCGCCUCUGGCGGAGGGGAUGGGCGUAUCUUCUUCUGGGCCAAUCACCAGGCCAUCAGCUCCUUCAACCAUGGUGGAGCCGUACUGGCUCUGGCAGCAUGUUCCAUCGCAAAGGCCAUUUUUUCUGGGGAUGCCUAUGGCCGUAUUCGCGUUUGGGAUUCGGCCUCGGUACAACACGGCAGCAGAGCAGUGCUAUGCACAGGUGGAGGUGGUAGUGCAGCGAUUUUAUCUUUAGCGACUCUUGGUGAUGGUGGACGUGUUUGUGAAGGGCCGCCUCUGGUGAUUUCAGGUGAUGCGGCAGGAUUGAUGCGGGUUUGGGAUGCGGAGCACUGUUCCCUCCUUCGAGAAGUAAGCACUUGCAUGACAUGCUGCGCCGCAACGACUGCGCUGGGGAUGAGGACCUCAAGUUCGGCCACCUCCACCAGCCACUACUGCUUGAGAGUAACGAGCGGCGGCUGUCACUCUGGUGCGAUCAAGCUGGCGUACUUGGACGUGACGGCCGCCACGAAACGCAAGCAGCUCAAUAUCUCCCCCGUGGGCCGAAUCUGUGGUCACUUCUGCCGAAACGAAAAUUGCGGGCACGAGGAUGUGUUGGAGUUUCAACGCUUGGUGACUUUGCUGGGGGAGUUCGUGACCUUCCAGACGAUUUCAAGCGAUAGUCGAAACAACGAAGAUAUGCGGAAAGCAUCAUCGUGGUUGGCGGGGAAGUUCGAGGAACUGCUGGGUGCCACUGUUCGCAUAUUUGGUGGUGGUGUCAUUGCUCGCUGUGGAUGGGAUAGCAGAAAGCCCCUCGUCAUCAUGUACUCGCACUAUGACGUUGUUGCUGCUGGGAAAGGAUGGAGCACAGAUCCAUGGAAGAUGGUCGCAAAGGAUGGCUACUUCUAUGGUAGAGGAGUCAGUGACAACAAAGGUCCUCUGCUGGCACAGAUUUUUGCGGUCCGCCGGCUUCUACAGGGUGACCCGUCGGAGUUCUGCCUCAUGGGGUUUGAGAACGAAACUCCUCAGGAGCAUAAUUGCCCUGUGAAUGUGCUUUUCCUGGUGGAUGGCAAUGAAGAGGGUGGAGAUCCAAGCACCACCAUUCGAAUGCUUCAAGAAGCUCGCAGCGACGGGUGGCUGAGAGGAGACAUUAUUGGCCUCAUCAUCAACAAUUCUUCAUGGAUUGAUGAUGAAAGGCCAUGCUUGUGCUACGGAAUGCGCGGAGUGGUGGAUCUUGAAGUCGCGAUUCAAGGAGGUGACAGAGACCUACACAGCGGUGUGAAUGGAGGUCUAGUCCCAGAACCGAUGUUUGACCUCUCAGCGAUGAUCUCCUCCUUGGUCGACUCUUCUGGGCUGCCUGCUGUGGCAGGGCUUUCGGAUGGCUCCUGCAGCCCAGAGAUUUCCGACCAAGAUCUCGGAAAUCUCAUGGCCGCCUCCCAGCAGAUGUCGGUGGAAAAGAUCAGCAAGAGAUUGGGGCUGAACGCGGGUUUGUCGAAAGGCCCCUCGUGGCUCCAAAGUCUUCAAAACCCAGGCUUGGAAGCCUUGAAGAGGACCUGGGUCCAGCCUAGCAUUUCCAUCACAGAGGUUGGUAAAGGCCCACGACACCAACAUGGGCGGCACAUUGCCAACCGAGCGUCAUGCGUCCUCUCAGUCCGCACGCCAGGCCAACGGGGAGAAGACGUGGUGAACUGCUUGAAGCGGCACUUGCAUCACGAGUUUGCAAAGCGUCGAUCAUGUAACCAGUUGGAGAUGAAUAUUCUUGCUGUAUCCGAGGCAUGGCUCACCAAGCCAACAUCAAAGGUGUUUUGUGCAGCCCGAGCUGCUGUUGCAGAUGCAUGGAAGAUUGAGGAGUCUUCUGUUCUGGCUGUCCGAGAAGGAGGAACGAUAGCUAUUCUUCCUUUGCUUGAAGCGGAGCUGGGAUGCGACGUGGUUCAGAUGGCCUUCAGCCAGGCAUCGGAUGCUGUCCACCUGCCGAAUGAACGCAUGUCGCGCGCAGUUCUGGCACGAGCUGUUGAUGCAAUAGCAGGAACUCUCUCUCGCCUUGCUGAGGGGUAGGCGAGCCUCCAGCUAGCAUUCUCAGGACAUUUUUUAUUGAGCAACUUUCAUAUUUCCUUUAACAUUGCGGUCAUGCUCUGUGCCCUUUGUACAUAACGCUUGAGUGGCGCCCAGAGCCUCAUUUUUGGCCGGAACGAGACCAAAUGUCACGGCUGUUUCUGCCUUCCGGCUUUUCCACGGACGACCCGAGAACUGGGUCGGAACAACGUCGGAACUGUAUCACAGGCGGAUGCGACCAACCUGGGGAGCCCGCGACCGGAGAAAUGGCCAACCCAAGAGCUACG